AUGGUUCCCUGGACCCUGAAAACUUUUCUAGGCUGUGGCCUUGGCCUACUCUCUCUGGCUGGCCUAAUCGUCAACUUGCUUGUCGUGAUCCCAGUAUUCCGUCUGGCAUUCAUCCAAAAUAAGAGUCCAAUCUAUGUGAUUUCAUUUAUAAAUAUAGUCACAGAUAUUGUGAAUGUUUUAAUGUCUACCUUCUAUCUGGCGCCAUCUAUAAUUUUCGAGACCUAUUUUUUCACCGAAAACAAAACUGGAACAAUCCCAAAACUAAUGGGAUCCACUUUCAUGUUCUGCUGGUAUCUGGGAUCUAUGACUCAAAUUGUAAUGGCUGUUAACCGUCUGGUGGUUAUCUAUUUCCGCAGGAGUGAUCUUUUCACGCGGAGAAAUAUCUGUAAACUAUUUGCUCUAUUGAUCCCACUCUCCUUCUUUCUGAUGUACAUGGCACAGUAUGGGACUCCGUGUUGUUUCUUUGUGUUUGACCAUGUUGUUCUAUCCUACUCCUAUAACCAAAUCGAGGGACUGGACAACUACCCGAACAUGUUUAUCGACUUGCCAUUGAACACUGCAACUUCUGUUAUUGCAACGUUUUGCUAUGCUAUGAUUGUCUGGACGGUCAGAGAAUCCACAAAGGGUAUCGCUGCGUCAAUGGCAACUCAACAUAUGAGAAGAUCACGGAAGAAUAGAGAAGUGACCUAUGCCAUGCAAUUCUGCUUCAUCUCUAUGUUCUACACAUUCUCCUGGAUCACGUUCCGUGUAUUCCCUGUGGCCAUCGGUAAUCGUGGGCUUGAAUGGUUCAUUUGUAUCUCUGCUGGAGUCACUAUUAAUAGCAGUGCAAAUGCAUUGGUCUAUCUGAUUAGUAACCAGGAGGUCUGGCGCAAUCUGAAAUCCAGCGGUCUCAACAUCUUCACCCGAGCCACCAACUCAUCGGACGUCGCCAACAACUCGGCAGAUGGUCACAGCAUCGUCCGCCACAGUCAUAAUACCACUACCAAUACAACCUCUAAAUAUUGA